ACGCAUAUCGAUGACGCCAACUUUCCACGCCUGGUCCUUGUGUGUCUACUGUCCAGUGUCUGUGAAACAUUUAGCGCAUUUAUAGUAUAUCAGGCUGAUUUUAACUGGAGCACAAUGAGCAAAAAGGGCAACGUAUCAUGGGUGAAGCCAGCCGAACCAUCUUUUCUGAAGAAGUUUAAGAAUGAUGUUGGUUUCAAAGAAGGGCCGACAGUGGAGACCAAAAAGCAGCAGAUGCCGCAGUGUGAUGAUGACAGUGGUGACAGUGACCGAGAGGAUGAAAUGCCGCAGGUCGUGGUCCUCAAAAAGGGGGAUCUGAGCGCUGAAGAGGUUAUGAAUAUGAAAAAAGAUUCAAAGGAUGCAAACACAGAUGAACAGCCUCCACCUGAUGGAAAGAUCGUCUUUAAGAAGCCUGUCAAGCGCUCGUCUGAUAAAUUCGAAGGCAUUACUGCCAGCUCUAGCAAGAAGAAGAAAAGCGAGGAUGGGGAGAAGAAAGAGCCUAAAGCUGGCGUGAAAGUGAAGAACAGCAGUCUGCUGUCAUUUGGAGGUGAUGAUGAUGAGGAAGACUAGUUUGUCUGGGAUUGUCCAGUCUGCUUUUUUAAAAAAAAAAAACUAUUUUGUGUGUAGACCUUAAUACAUGUAAAUAGAUGUUUUGUGGAAGUGAAUUCAUGCAGCUUAUUUGUUAAAUCGUUUCAUCAGCCUCUUUUACGUAACCGUAAUAAUCAUUAAUGAUACAUUUUGAUGGAUGUGUGAACCAAAAAAGGAACUAAAACAUUGGGUUAAUCAGACAUGCAAAUAUGAUGGAAAAUUAAACAUAGACAUCAUUUCAAAGAGGCUCUUAAAUGUUUCAUAGAAAUGAACUGUCCCGUUGGAAGUGUUCAACAGGAUGUACAUAUAUGGCUUCUAUAAUGGAGCGGCGCAAAUUUGUUUUUAUUAUUAUUAUUUUUUUUUUUUUUUUUUUUCAAGCAAAUGGCACUCAAAAUCCCUGAUUCUGGGACUUUGGAGUUUUUUAUUAUUAUACAUUGUGUUACAUUCAGAGAAACGUAAAAAAAAAACAUUCAUUUGGGAAUAAAACGUUUUGCCACCA